CUAAUGUUGCACCGAGACGGACAAUUAAAGAGCAUCACAGACAGUUCUGUCCAAAACACAGUCUGUUUAUUUACACAAAUAAAGAGACGCAAUGGGGAAGAAACACAAGAAACACAGACCUGAAUGGAGAACAGUGGAGGGAGACUAUGAGGACAAACCUUUAGAUAAGCCACUGAAGCUGGUGCUUAAGGUGGGUGGCAGUGAAGUGACCGAGCUCUCCGGAUCGGGACAUGACUCCAGUUACUAUGACGACCGCUCCGACCAUGAGUGGGAACGCCACAAAGAGAAGAAGAAGAAGAAGAAAAAGAAAGCAGAGAAAGAAAAACAUUUAGAUGAUGAAGAGAGGAGACGGAGAAAGGAAGAGAAAAAGAAGAAACGUGAGCGAGAACAGUCAGAAAACGCUGCCAAUGUACCAGUUGAACCUUUCACUCUGCCCAAACCUGUAGAGGUGGUCGUAGAGGAGAAGAAACGGAAGCGAGAGAAGAUCGAGUCAGAAUCAGAGGUAGAUGAGUUUCUUCCUCCGGUGAAAGUCGAGGUGGAGCAACAGGCGGAUCGACCCGUACGAGCCUGCAGAACUCAACAAGAAAAUGAAUGCACUCCUCGGCAGCAGCUUCUCGAGCAUUUCCUGCGUCUGCUUCAGAGGAAAGAUCAACAUGGAUUCUUCGCCUUCCCCGUAACAGACGCCAUUGCACCGGGAUACUCCAUGAUUAUUAAACAUCCUAUGGACUUCAGUACAAUGAAGGAGAAAAUAGCAGCGAACGAAUACAAAACAAUCACAGAAUUCAAGGCCGACUUCAAGCUGAUGUGUGACAACGCCAUGGUUUAUAACCGGCCGGAGACGGUCUACUACAAGGCGGCGAAGAAACUCCUUCAUACAGGCUUCAAAAUGAUGAGCAAAGAGCGGCUGUUAGCUUUGAAGCGCAGCAUGUCUUUCAUGCAGGACAUGGAUUUUUCUCAGCAGGCUGCCAUUUUGGGUGACGACGACAUCGCCCCUGAGGAACCUGUGCCGGAGAUUGUGCCGGUCCACACCGAAUAUCCCAAAAAAUCUAAAAAGCAACCCGUGAAAGAGCCCAUCAUCAGUGAUCUCUAUGAGCCGGAGGGCAACGCUUGCAGUUUGACGGACAGCACAGCAGAGGAACACGUGCUGGCACUGGUGGAGCAUGCGGCAGAUGAAGCCCGGGAUCGAAUCAACCGUUUCAUGCCAAACUCUAAGAUUGGAUAUCUUAAGAAGAGCGCAGAUGGUUCACUCUUUUACACUGUUGUGAAUCAGGAUCCUGAAGCAGAAGAGGAAGAGACUCAAGCUGUAGAUUUGAGCUCUUUGGCCAGUAAAAUCAUUCCUGGACUUACAUCACUGGGCUUUAAAGAUGACCGGAGACACAAAGUGACGUUUUUGAGCAGCGCUUACAACACUCAGACCCUUCAGAACAACUCUAUUUAUCCUGACCUGCUCCCAGAUGAGAUGGACACGCUGUACUCGGCUUACGGAGAUGAGGCGGGUGUACAGUGUGCGCUCAGCCUGCAGGAGUUUGUUAAGGGUUGUGGGAGUUUUACGAAGAGACUCGUGGAUGAUUUGCUGGAUAAAAUGACAGCAGGUGAUCACUCAAAGGCCACCGUCCAAAUCCGACAGAAAAGGAACAUGCCCAUUGAUGCCAAGUCUAGUUUAUAUGACCUACAGGGAACAGUUGGUGGUGGUAUAGACAGUGGCUCCGUUCUGGAUUUCAUGUCCAUGAAGAGCUAUCCAGAUAUGUCUCUAGACAUGCUCAACACGUUAGGUAAAUGUGUAAAAAAGGAGCCAGAACAUGAGGACGGUCAUCCACAUUUUGACGAAACAGCCAAACUCCUGCAGGAGUUCCAGGAUGCAGCGGUGGACAGGGUUGGGUCCAGACCGUCCUCCAAUCUCUCCUCUCUGUCAAACGCCUCUGAACGCGACCAACACCAUUUAGGAAGCUCACCUCAUCUUGGUGUUGGAGAUGGUCCAGCAGAGAUGGUUCAGGACCCUUAUGAGUUCCUACAGUCUCCAGAAACCGGAUCUACAGCUAACAGCUGACGGGCGACACACAACUCUGCUGAUGUUGCUCUGCUAUUAUGUAUUGUGUGGACUGUAAGUUUUUGUACAGAUUAAUUGCGUCAUGUGUUGUUGUUGUUUUUUAAAUAAAAGCUCAUUGGCUGGUUUUAUGUAA